CAUUUUAUUGGCCCGGCAUGCACCGUGACAUCCAAGAUUAUGUGGCUGCGUGCACUAUUUGCCAAACCACGAAAUACGUCGCCGAAAAGUCACCACUUUUUUUCCUUAAUUAGCUACUUUUAACUCAAUUAUUUUCCAUAUACUACAGCAAUGGGAAAGCUCUACUUCCUUAUUCUAUUCCUUAUUCUCUCUAAUUCCUUUAUAGCCGAAGUGUAUUCAUCAGCCAAAUUCACAAUCGUAAACAAAUGCCAGUUCACAGUGUGGCCAGGCAUUCGUUCUAACCCCGGGAUCUCUCAGCUCCCCACCACCGGCUUCGCGCUGCAGACCGGCGAAUCCAGAAUCAUAACCGCGCCGUCGUCCUGGAGCGGCCGAUUUUGGGGGCGCACGCACUGCUCCGAAGAUCCGUCCGGAAAUUUCUCCUGCUUGACCGGCGACUGCGGAUCCGGAAAGGUCGAAUGCGCCGGCCGCAGCUCGUCGACGCCGGCGACUCUGGCUGAGUUCGCACUCGACAGCUUCAACGGGAUGGACUUCUACGAUCUGAGCCUCGUCGACGGCUACAACCUGCCGAUUCUGGUGGCGCCGCAGGGCGGCACCGGCACCAAUUGCAGCAAGGCGGAGUGCGGCACGGAUCUGAACAGCGAUUGUCCGGCGGAGCUGCGCGUGGCGAGCGCCGGAGGGGAGGGAGUCGCGUGCAGGAGCGCGUGUGACGCGUACCGCAGCCAGCAGUACUGCUGCAGCGGCGCGUACGGCACGCCGGCCGCGUGCAAGCCGACGCAGUUAUCACAGGCGUUCAAGCGCGCGUGCCCGCAAGCGUUCAGCUACGUGUUUGACGAAGUCAACACCACCUUCACCUGCACCGGCGCCAACUACGCCAUCACAUUCUGCCCCCCGAUUGACGCUAGUACAGAAUCUUCGUCGGGAUCGCCGGGCGCCGGUGGCAGAAAUACACCGAUCGACGGCCACAUAGUGUAUGAAGGCGCGGUGGAAGUGAGCUCUGCGCCGGCCACAUACGGGCACGUGGUGGGCGGAGCCGGAGCCGGAGCCGUCGUGGCGGCAAUGUUGCGGUUGAGUUAUCUUUACUACUAGUAGUAAAUACUUUUCGAGUGGGCCCAUUUGCGGGUUAGGAGCGGGUCUUGAUCAUACCGACUCAUUCGCGGCUGGCCCAUGUGACGAAGCAAUGAGUCACCCAUGGCCAUGGCCUACGAAAAUUCUUGAAGGAAAUUAUAGAAUGAAAAGAGAGGAAAAGUAAAUUAGUGUUGAAAGGUACGAGCAGAACUCUUGUUUUGACAGGAUUGUGUUGUACUUUUAUCGGACUAGAAAAUUUCAGCCAUAACCCUAUAAAUUUGACGGGCUAUUCGGGUCAGCUCACGGGUUACGGGCUACAUUGACAUCCUUAAUUGUGGUUAUAGGAAUAGUAGUAUUCUUUUAUGAGGAA